AAGACGUGUGGACACUACAUAAAGUUUUGCAAGAAACAGGGAGCUGUCACUGUAAGCCUGACUGAGUUACAAGAAAGGAGAACAAAUUGACUGUCUAGCGAACACAAAGCUCGUAUCACAGCCUGGACUUGCACUGACUUGAUCUUUCAUAGUGUUCCACUGCCUUGGCUCUGGGGAGAGAGGUGCACCAAACAGCAUUGACUGGCUGGUCUCUCCGUGGAUUAAAACAAACUCCUCUCCUUUUUCACGUCUGUUGAUUGCAAAAAGCCAGCGGUUUGCAGCAGUGAUUUAUCCCAGUCUGAGGCCAUGGAGGAGUCUGAACAUUAUACAUCACUGCAUGAGUUUACCGAGGAUCUCUCGCCCAGAGGUAACAAGCCUAUUCUCUACACGUCCACUACAGGUACCUCUGGGGUGAAGAGGGGGGCAGAGUGCCUGCGUGGUCAGAGAGCCCUGCUGGUGUUCACUGUGUUACUGGCAUCACUAUGUGCCAAUAUAGCACUGGGUGUACUACUGCUCAACAGACCUCAUGUAGAUACAUCAGGAUCUGAAAUGCCGGGUCAGGAUGCAAAUGAUUUGUCGCCGGUGUUAAAACUGAACUCCCUGCAGACCCGAUACAAUCGCCUGUGCAAGGACUACUCAGCAUUGGGAGACAGCUGCUCCAAGACAGUGAGGAAAUGCAGACCUUGUCCAGAGGACUGGCUGCAUUUGGAGGAUAAGUGUUACUACUUCAGCGGUGAUAAAAUGGACUGGGAGAAGAGCCGGGACAGCUGUGAAGAUAUGGGCAGUCAUUUAGCCAUCUUGUACACUCACAAGCAACAUGACUUGCUGGAGGUAGAAGCGAAGAAGAUUGGAGGCUUUGAUUAUCACUUUUGGAUCGGUUUGUCAGACCGUGAGACAGAAGGAAUCUGGAAAUGGGUGGACAAUAAGAUUGUAAAUGACACGUAUUGGAACCACUGGGAGUCUGAACCAAAUAACCACCUCUCGGGGGGUAUCCAUGGAGAAGACUGUGCAGUUCUGGACUCCCACUCCAAGUCCUGGUUUGAUGUGCCCUGCGAUCAUAUCUACAAGCGCAUCUGUCAGAUGGAUGCUUUUGACAUUGAUUGAAGCUGACUGAAUGACAACCCUUUCUUUCUGUGUUCCUGACAGAAAAAUAUACUGUAAUUCUGGUACUUUAGGUUUUUUUUAUUGUUUGUAAGAAUAAAAUUUCUUCGACUGA